AUCAAUGUUUCUCACAAGUCAUAAACAAGGUUUGAAUCUGUGACUUGAAAUUAAUAUGGCAGCUAUUGCUACAGUGAUGCUCAUAACUAUGUCCCUAGCUUCUCUUAUGAGUGCACUAAAUGUAAAUUAUUACGAAAAUACGUGCCCCCAUUUAGAGUCCAUCGUAGCUUCUGCUGUUCACAAAGCAACCAUCAACGACAAAACUGUCCCAGCUGCUCUCCUUAGGAUGCAUUUUCAUGAUUGCUUCAUAAGGGGUUGUGAUGCCUCUGUUCUUCUGGAAUCAAAGGGAAAGAACAAAGCAGAAAAGGAUGGACCUCCUAACAUUUCUUUGCAUGCAUUUUAUGUCAUUGACAAAGCUAAGAAAGCAGUGGAAGCCGUUUGCCCCGGAAUCGUAUCUUGUGCUGACAUUUUGGCUCUUGCUGCUAGGGACGCUGUUACCUUGUCCGGUGGGCCCACUUGGGACGUACCAAAAGGAAGAAAGGAUGGAAGAAUAUCAAAGGCCACAGAAACCAGACAAUUGCCAGCUCCCACAUUCAACAUCUCCCAAUUACAACAAAGCUUCUCACAAAGAGGGCUUUCUUUGGAAGAUCUGGUAGCCCUCUCAGGAGGUCAUACACUAGGAUUCUCUCAUUGUUCAUCCUUCCAAAACAGAAUCCACAAAUUCAGCCCCAAACAAGACAUUGACCCGUCCUUGAACCCUUCAUUCGCAAGAAGCCUCCAAAGUAUAUGCCCCUCAAACAACAAGGUGAAAAAUGCAGGUGCCCCAUUGGAUUCAAGUUCCACCUUGUUUGACAAUGCUUAUUACAAGCUACUCCUCCAAGGAAAAAGCAUAUUCUCUUCUGAUCAAGCUUUGCUCACUCAUCCAACCACUAAGGCUUUGGUUUCAAAGUUUGCUCAUUCCCAAGAGGAAUUUGAAAGGGCCUUUGUCAAGUCCAUGAUCAAGAUGAGCAGCAUCACCAAUAACGGUGGACAAGAAAUUAGGCUCAAUUGUAAAUUCGUUAGAUGAUUGAAUUGUAUGUAUGUUUUGUAGUCUUAAUGUGUUGUCACAGUGGAUUGAAGAAACAAGGGCUAUGAAAUAAAAGGAAGAGGAGGAAAACAAGGCUACUAUUCCUAUAUUUUCCACCCCAUGCUUAUUUCUUAAAGAUUAAUGAAGGAUUCACUUGUAACCAUUUUCUUCUUCCAGCAACUAGUAGAGGGCAAAAAUAUUUUCUCGUCACUUUUGUAGUUCUAAAACUAGUUGAAUUGGAAUGAAAUAUGAGUUUUUUCA